AUGGUGCUCAUCAGCGUCCUGCACGACGCUCUCAAAAACAUGUACAACGCCGAGAAGCGCGGCAAGCGGCAGGUCCUGAUCCGGCCGGCCUCCAAGGUGAUCGUCAAGUUCCUGCAGCUGAUGCAGAAGAACGGCUACAUCGGCGAGUUCGAGGCGGUGGACGACAAGCGCGCGGGCAAGAUCGUGGUGGAGCUCAACGGCCGGCUGAACAAGUGCGGGGUGAUUUCACCGCGCUACGACGUGAGCCACCACGACAUGGAGGAGUGGGUGGCGCGGCUGCUGCCCAGCCGGCAGUUUGGCCACGUUGUGCUGACGACAUCCAGCGGGAUCAUGGACCACAACGACGCGCGGAGGAAGAAGGUGGGAGGCAAGGUGUUGGGGUUCUUCUAUUAG